AUGGAAAGGCAAAACAAACCAACUUAUCAAUCAAACAGCAUAAUCGGAAAGCUUUACCGCGAAGUAAAGAACGUCGCGCAACAAAAAAGCCACAAGAAAUCCUUCACUAAAAAAGCAGCAAUGAAGCUAUAUGAUCAUGACACAAAAAUUAAUGGUUUUGAAAAGUACUUAAAGAUCGCUUGUGAGUACAAACACAUGUAUGAUUCCAAGCUAUUGAACUUAAUGGAUUACUAUGGUAUAGAAACAGAAGCAGAAAUAAUUAGUGGAAAUAUUUUGAAGAUGUCAAAAUCAUUCAAUGACAGAAAAGAUAAAGAAGGAAUAAACCAUGCUGUGAUGUCAUUAAGAAAUGAAGCUAGAAAUUGGUUCAAUGAGAUGAAAAGUAAAUCAAAUUCUCAAAGUGGUGAUUAUGAUGAUUCUUAUGUUGUUGCUUCUGCAUGGUAUUAUGUAACAUAUCAUUCUAGUUAUUGGGGAUGUUACAAUGAAGGGCUUAAUAAGGAUCAUUUCCUAAGUUUUCCAUUGUGUGUUCAUGAUAUUCUUGUUCAGAUAAAGAAGGAUAAAGCCAAUAGUAGAAUUUAUAGAAUGAAGUCAAGAAUGAUAAUGAAUAAUGCAGAAACUGCACUUUCUAUUAACGUGAAAGACAAACAAUUAUUUUGCGCUGAGAACUUCCUAGGGUCUUACGCUUUCAAGAAGUUGCACCUUCGAACUGUUGGAACAAGCAACCAUAAAUGA